AUGAAAGAGGUGGACGGUCAAAGGGAUAGCCUUCCACAUGAUGUCAUGAUAGACAUCUUGAAGCGAUUGCCUGUAAAAUCCCUUAUGAGAUUCAAGUGUUUAUCGAGAACCUGGUGCGAUGUGAUAUAUAGCGUUGAUUUUAUCUCCAUCCAUUACAAUCAUGAUUGUCUUUCAAAUUACUUCACUCUGUUUAAGCGCUUCAUCAAAAUUGAUGGGAAUGAUAGCAUUUAUUAUGGUAAUAAUAUGCUAUCCUUCCAUUCAAAUGAUGAAUCAUUCAAAACUAUAGCAUCAAAUAUAGAGUACAUUGAUAAUUAUAUCGGUGUUAGCAUUGUAGGUCCCUGCAAUGGCAUUGUUUACAUUUCUAGUUACAGAAGUACUGCUUUGUAUAACCCAACGUUAAGAGAAUUUUUUGAACUUCCUCCUAGCAUUCUCCCUCAUAGCCCAGACUUAUCUCCUGUUAUAGAACUUAACACCUGUGUGAUCAUGACCAUGGGAAUCGGGUUUGACCCCAACACUAAUGAUUAUAAGGUUAUCAGAAUCUUAAUUCCUUUCCAUGAAUAUGAAUGGGAGGAUACAGAUAAUUACUAUAAGCUUGUUAGUAAAGUUGAGGUUUACAAUCUAAGUACAAAUUCCUGGAGAAAAAUUGAGGAUCUACAAUGCUUAGUAGAUCCGUGGCGUUGUUUUAAUGUUUUGAUUAACGGAGCAUUUCAUUGGCGUGGAACAAACCUAUCACCAGCGGGUGAUAAUUGGAUCGUUUCUUUCAACUUUAGUACUGAGCUGUUCCAAAACAUUCUAUUUCCUGAGGGCUUAGACAUUGAACCGUGCAAGAGUCUUGUCGUCUUGAAUGAAUCUCUAGCUUUGAUUUGUUACACCAACAUAUUUUAUCCCCAAAACGUUGUAACGUGUCAAUCGAUUGACAUAUGGUUGAUGAAGAAGUAUGGAGUGAGAGAAUCUUGGAUUAAAGAAUUUACCGUAGGACCAAUGGUAAUAGAGACACCUUUGUCAGUUUGGAUGAAUGAUGUAGAACUAAUGAUAGAAAGCAACAAUGGAAAACUUGCAUCUUGUAACCUUUUUUGCGGAGAAUUUAAGGAUCUUAACAUGUCUGGCGAUCCAAACACAUUAGAAAUUGUUGUUUGCAAAGAAAGCUUGAUUUCUAUAAAGAAAGAGAGAGAGAAGUGGUCCUAA